AUGGAUGCUGAAAUUCAUAAUGUAUCACAAAGGGAUUUGGGUUCUUCAUCAUCUAGCGAAUUUGCAUAUGUGCCUCAAGUAGUGUUUGAAAAAAUCCCUAAAAUUGGACAAGAGUUUGAGUCAAUAGAAGAAUAUCAAAAUUAUUACAAUGACUAUGCUAGGGAUGCUGGUUUUAGUGUUCGAAAUUAUUCGACUAAGAAAAAUAAUUUCAAUGAGAUUAUUAGAAAGGAAUUUGUUUGCGUCAAAGAGGGAAUUCGGGAUGAAAGAUCCAAAGCUAAUUGUAGUAGAAAACGUGGGUUAACUCGAGAAGGAUGUAAGGCAAAGAUGACUAUUGUCAAGAAAGGUGCAGUUUUUGUUGUCAAACAAUUUAAUGAGAUCCAUAAUCAUAUUCUGACAACACCAAGAAAGGUGCAUAUGUUAAGGUCUCAUCGUUCUAUGUCAAAUACCAAAAAGGCAUUGACACAACAAUUUGAUGCUGCAACCUUCAACAGGAAUCAAUUGCAACAACCUUUGUCUAGUGUUUAUAUAUUACCUAGAUGGACGAAGGCUGCAAAAUCAUUUAGUACAUUUAGGCAUGGAGGUGAUGGUGGGAUAAAUAGUUGUGAGGAUUCUCUAGUUGUGCAUCACAUUACCUUACAUAAACUUGCGUCGAAUAUAAUUGAUGAUGCUUUGAUGUCUCGCGAGACUUGUAUGUUGGCGAAAGAAACAUUUGAGUCUCUUCACAACCAGAUUAAGUCCAUGACUUUAUCUAAUGAAAAACACUCCACGCCAAGUAUUGGUCUUUCGGAACCUGUUUAUAAAGAGCCUGACAAAGUCAGGGCAAAGGGAUGUGGAAAGCGGUUAAAGGGGGGUAAAGAAAUGGCCAUGACGAAGAACAGACAUUGUCAUGACUGCGGUCUAACUGGACAUGACAAAAGGAAUUGUCCUACACUGAACAAUGCGACAUCACAUUCUCAAACUUUGGGGGAAACUCUGCCUUAGCAAUCCUACAAUGCAGUAAAAUUAUGUUAGUUAUCUUCAAAUGGUUGCUGCUUGUGGUUAUUUCUGGUGGAUGGUGUUGGUCUCUCUAAGCUUAGUCGGUGUGGAGGAUUUUAGGCAGGCAUUUUGUUUCUUAGCUUACUACUUACAAGUUUUAGGCAAGAAUUAUGUUGCUAUGGUUUUUUAAGUUGUGAACUUUUAAUUGUUGAAGCUAAAUCAAUCAUUCUGAGACUGUCCUGCAAUUGUAUAGCAGUAUGAAGGGUUCAAAGAGAAGUGCAAAAUCAGUCACAUUAUUUGGAGGAAUUAGAUGACUAGUAUUCGUUGCAGGAGCAUUUGCCAUCCUUCAUAAUCUUCAUCAUAAGUUCUUGUAUGUCAAACUGAAUAUAUAUAUAUUGCAGAUAGACAGAGAGAGAUUUCUUGGUUUUGCACAAUACACCAUGGUUAUGUUCUUCUUGUUUA